AUGCUGUCAGCCAUCCACUGGAAUGCUCCACACUAUCCGCCGCCACGCCACUCGCAUUCGGCGUCGCACAAUCACCACGGCGGUCGCUCUCGAAGGGGUCCACGUCUGCCAUCUGCGCACAACUCGCAAGCCCAGCCCAAGCCGGUGCGAAGCCCAAAGGAGGUUGUCGAAACUGUGCCCGUGACUGCCUUCCGACGGGACUUUGAGGCUGCUCGCUCGUUCGACAUUGAAGACGACGAGAUGUUCUGCCCUUUCCACCUCUUGACCGAAGACGAUCUUCAAAGCAUUCACUCUUCCGGCUCCGAUCGGUCAUCCUUGUCUAGCGGCUCCCCCGAAUCCUCUCCUCUCCAGCAUCAAGUCCAACCGACAGCCGAGUUUCUCUAUCGCCCUAUGAACACACUUCCAGUCUCUGCUUAUCAGCAAACCUCCUCGCACGCCAAAAUCCAUCAGCCGCUCGCUCAGCGAACGCGCAACGCAAUCCCGAUAGUUGACCCAAGCACUGGCAUUGUCGCAAGUCCACCUCCAUCUGUCUCGCCUGCUCGACAGAUGCAACAAUACCUCAACCGCCGCUACUAG